AGUGUCCCGUCUGCCAAUCCACCUUCACCAGGCCCCAGCAUGUCGCCCGCCAUAUGCGCUCCCACACGGGCGACCGACCCUACAAGUGCCAACAUUGCGGCGAUCAAUUUGCUAGAAGCGACUUGCUGUCGAGGCAUAUCAACAAGUGCCACGCCUCUGAGAAACCACCCACGACCACUGCCCCUUCGAGACGGAAGGGCACCGCAGCCGCGUCGAGGGCCACAACAUCCAAGCAGGCCUGCGACCAGUGUGUGACGUCGAGUCUUCCCUGUGAUGGAGCCAACCCUUGUACGAAAUGCGUUCAACGCAAAUGCCGUUGCACCUACGUCAAGUUCCAUCGCCAGACAGCACCGGCAGGCCCGGGUCACCCGGCCCCUCCGACGAUCCCGCAGAACAUCCCCGGCCGCCAUGCCAUCUCCCUCGGCGCGCCCCGCCUCCCCGACGAAUUCCUUCUCGCCCCUCCGCCGGGAACCAUGAACCUAUCGUCGCUAUAUGCGACAGGUCCCGCGCACCAGUACCCCAUACAACAUCCAUCACUGUAUGCUCAGGACUAUGCAUCUCUCCCUCCACUGGCGAGUGCGCUUGCACAUUCAGAGUCGUUAGCGUCCGGAAUGCUUCCAGCGCACACGCGCGAGGCCUUGGAAAACGAUCCAGAUGCGAUGGCCCGUUAUCGCGCCCAGGCCGAGCUCCUCACUCGCGCCGCUAUCCACAACGGCAACAUGGGAAUCGCCCAGCCAGCGCCAAGCGCUGAUGCCAGUGGCUCGUUGCCCGGCCUGUAUGCUGCUGCAGGUGCUCAGGAUGGUCAGUACACCAGAUACAACCUCCCGCCUCCAAGCCAAUGGGACCCUCCUAUCGCGCAGAACCAGUACCAGCAGCGGCAGAAGGAGUACGAGCCCCAAUAUGGGAACCGUACCCAGACGCACUCGGUUUCGCCGCCGUACGCGACAGGCGGAGAGCCUUCGCUCCAAUCCCACCCGCCAGUAGCGUCGACGUCUUCGUCGUAUGAAGCCAGCGCUCCCUCCAACUACCACCACUCCAAUCUUCCGCCAGCAGGGACGCUCUACCCCCCACAACACUCCCAGGGCCACCACUCGCAUCACGGUCACUCACGAUCCGAAGAUCUGAGUGGUUCCGGGGACGACUUCGGCAGCGACGCAGGGAGUACGGGCACGGGACCAAGUCACUCAAUUCCAAGCAGUACUAAUUCGAGCUCAGUUCACCUACCGCUUCCGGGGUUCAACCACCUGCGCACCAAGGCGGAUUUUGGGAGCAAGGAUGGUUACGAGCAGCCGCGGUACCCAUCUGAGCAGGGACAGAGCGGCCAGAGUCAGAGCCAGAACCCCCAAGAGGGUGAAGGCGGCUUCUCCAGUGCGUUCGGCCUGAUGAGCCUCGACGACCCCAACGUCCUCGCGGGCCUUGCCAACGACGGUGCACCCUUCUUCUCUGGGCUCACCCCCAACGGCGCAUCGAACAACCCCACCGGAUUGUCGCUCGCCACUCCCACGCAGGAUCUGCUCGCCCAGCUGAAGAGCGCAGGCGGCAGAGAAGCGUUGGAGAGCAAGGAGAUGCGCGACUUCUGGAAGAUGUACCUUCGCACACCGCUUACGGGCCCGAACGCCGGAGGCGGACUCAUGUUCCCUCUCCAGACUCCUACUGGUCCCGGCGUGCAGCUGGGGCACGCGAUGAGCAGCCAAGGCGGACGACCAAGUCCGUCCAGGCGGCACUCGCGCGUUUCGAGCUUACCGAGCAUGAAGACCCCACCUCUCUUCGCCGACGAACGCCUCGGGAGCGUCUACAACCGCGGGCAGGAGCACUACGACUCGCACGGACACGCAUCGCAGUCUCAGGGCCAACAGGGCGGCGUCACCGGCGCGUACAACUCGACGGUCCGCACCACUCUCCACGACGCGGAGGACCUGAAGAGCUACGAGCAAGCCGUGCUCGCUCGCAAGGCGCCGAUGCAGCUCAACCUCGUGCCGAAGCGCAAGGGCUCGACCACGACCGGUCCCGGCCCUUCUGCCAACGCGAUGGGCAAGAGCAAGAGCAUGAGCCCCGUCGUUCCCCACGCGACCUACAACGGCCCGUCAUCUUCGAACGCAGGGCAAGACAUGGGAAGCGGCAGCAGCAGGAUCUCGGAGUUGCUCAACCGCCCUGCAUCGAGCUCGAGCGCAGGCACGACAAACAGCAGCGGGUCAGGGCUGUCUCUUCCCUCGAACGCGAGCACCGCGAACACAAGCCAAGCAAGUUCCUCGCUCGCGCACGCGUUCGGCGGCGCCAGCUCCAGCGAGCGCCCCUCGACAUCCGACGGCGUCCCGCUCUCGCACUCGCCUCCCCAGCAACACCUUGUGGAGUGGGGCGCACCGACGUACCGCCCCUCCUUCAAGCGCAUCGCAUCGCAAACACUCGGCCCCGACAACGCCAAGCGCGCGCUACUUGGACCCGCGGGCUGGGACCACGACGAGGAGGACGAGGACGACGCGGUCCCCGAAGAGGAGGAAGAGGACGAGGAGCCCCACCCGCGCAUGCCCAUGGGCGCGCCCGGCGAAGGACGGCGGAUGAGUCUGCCGACGCAGAGCUAAGCGGGCAGCGCGGCGUCCGGCGACCCCGGGGUGCGGCCUCCCCCAAGUCCGCACGCUCGACGGGCUCCGCCGCGGACGCCCCCCUUCUCCCUCUUCCCUCUCUUCCCCUACUCCACUCGCUUGCCCGCGCGCGCCUGCGGCGCGCGGCGUCUCUCUCCACAUCGCAGUAUUCGACGCGCGGCCAUGGACGACGUGUUCGGCCACGCCGCGCGUCCUGUGCAAAAUUCUGGGGGGUCACGACUGCGGACACGGCGCGGAUACGCACGGACACGCCCGCGACGCGUGUCGCCGAUAAUACGAUACGAUACGACGCACUAGGAUACGGCUACGAUACGCUUGGAAGGCGGCCCGCGCGCUCACGGACGGACGACGAGCGCGGCCGUGUAAUUUGCUCUCUCCGGGGCCCCGCGUGCGCCCAGUUGUUCAUAUUUAAUGUACCAUCAGUAUCAGUGUAGAUAGAACCAGGCGAUGAGGCCUAGGGAGGAGGAGGGGGCGUACGUGGGCACCUCGGACGCGCAUACAGUAUAGUUUUGAUGGCUCGGUGAUCAGUACGUACUUUCUCUCCCGCUCCGCUCCCCCUGUUCCCCCCCCUGUUUUGCUAGUAGCUACGAGUCGAAUACGCUGCCGUUGUACGAAUUCCAUCCUUUUUUGUUUGCC